CAAAUAUGUGUGGUAUGGUUUACAAAAACUAGUAAAAUUUAAAUUGAGAUGUAUUUCGCAUUUUUACAUUAAUAAAUAAUAAUUUGUUCUCAUAAUUCUUUGAAAUGGCAGACUCCUUAGCUGGGCAAAGAGCUAAACGCCAGAAAGUAGAUAAGCAUGGGCGAAUGUCAGCUUUUGAAAAGUUGAAAAACCUCAAAAAUAAAGGAUCAAAGCAUAAAUAUGAUGUAGACGAACUUGAAAACGUGUAUGACACUGUCGAUGAGAGGGAGUAUAGUGAACGUGUGUUGCAAAGGCAGGAAGAAGAUUGGAUCGAAGAUGAUGGUACUGGUUAUGUGGAAGAUGGACGAGAAAUCUUUGAUGAUGAUGAAAUCGAAGACACAUAUGUUGCAUCAGACACUAAAGAAAAUGGAAGAGGUCUUAAAAGAAAAGCCAGAGUGGCUCCAACUGCAGGGAAGGGUAACAUUAGAAACCUUUUAGGAGCUAUGCCUGCUAAGAAGAAGGAGGAUGUUAAGAUAUCAGAAGACAACAUUCUGUCUGACAUUAUGUCUGAUCUGGAUGGUAGUGGUCCAGCAGUUGUAAAACCAAAGCCCUUAGCUACACCUAAGGCUAACACACAAUCAGCUAAGUCAGAUGCUCAGAAUUACUUUAAAACCCUAUCAUCAUCUGUUAAGAAAUCUGUUGCUACUGUAAUUCUUGAUGAACCUCCUGUUAUAAAGCAAGAGAAAAUUAAAGAACACAUGAAAAGCCCACCUCUGAUAGAAAAUGGCAAUGCUGCUCCCAAAAAAAGCUCAUGGAAAAUAGACAAGGAAAUAAAAAAAGAACUAGAAGAUUCUCAAACACAGAACAUAGAAGAAUUUAAUACACAAGACAUUGAUUUCGGGGAUGAUUUCAGUAAUGAUGCAGCAGUAGAAAUCAAGGAGAUAAAAGAAGAGCUCCCCAGCACGGCCAAUACUAUAACAGAUGUAGCUGAAGAAUUCAUGAAUGAAGACUUUGAAAUAUUUCCCACUAAACAACUGAAAAAAGAUUUAAAACCAUUGCAUACUACUUGGAAUGAGCAAAUGGGUGAUAACCAUGUUGUGAAUUCUAUACAGUCUGAUGGAAAAUUGCCUUUACAGACAAAUAAAGAUGGUAAAGAGGUCCUUAAAUUCUACUGGUUAGAUGCAUGGGAGGACAGGUAUGUGAAGCCAGGAGUAGUAUACUUGUUUGGUAAAGUGUAUGUGAAUCCAGCUAAUAAGAAAGCAGGAUGUGUGUCCUGCUGUUUGGUUGUGAAGAAUAUUAAUAGGCAGAUGUUUUUGCUACCUAGGGAAUAUAAACUAGACCCAGUAACUUUAGAACCAACAGAUGAAGAAGUGACCAUUAUGGAUAUUUAUCAAGAAUUUAACACUUCAGUAGCAUCGGAAUUGGGUCUUAAGGAAUUUAAGUCUAGAAAAAUCACAAAGAAUUACUGUUUCAAUAUACCAGAUAUUCCUGCUCAGUGUGAUUAUUUGGAAGUGAAGUAUUCUGCAUCAAUACCACCACCACCCACAAACAAGAAAUACUUAACUUUCUCACAUAUUUUUGGUGCUAACACAUCAUCAUUGGAGAUGUUAUUACUAGAGAGAAAGAUUAAAGGUCCUUGCUGGUUGGAAAUUGUGGAACCUGACAAUGUUCAGGCUAAAGUGUCUUUGUGUAAACUGGAAGCAAAUUGUGAUGAUAUGGAAAAUAUUAAUGUUAUGAGAGGCGAUGAAGAUUUGGAGUAUAUCAGUACUACGAAGCGCUGGACGAAGGAAAAGACUAGGACUGGUAACGCCGAGUCGGACAUCUUUUGA